AUGGAGAAGUACUCUGUCUAUAUAGAUAUAGAUAAAGAUAUCCAUGUGGGCAUGGAGAAAAAUGGCAACUGCGUCUUUCCCUUCUACUAUAAAGACAGGAUUUACUAUGACUGCGUCAAGCUCAAGGCCAAGAGCAAGUGGUGCUCGUUGAACAAGACUUUCAUAGGAUACUGGAAGUACUGCUUGAAAGACGACUUUGCAAAGUGUGCGUUUCCAUUCUGGUUCAGACGCCUGAUCUACCGGGAAUGUACCGAAGAUGGGCGUCCGUUUAGGAGAAAAUGGUGUUCGCUGACCAAGAAUUAUAACAAGGACAAGAUUUGGAAAUAUUGCGAAUAG